GUUUCUGAAAUCUUCCUGUUUUUAUUUUCUUAUGGAUCCGACAAUGUACCCUUUGUAAUAACAUGUUUCUUUCUCGUAUGUGCAUAUUGGCCAUGGAGGAUACACAAUGAGCCAAGUGAAGAGCCCAUAUGUUUGUUCUGUUGACUGGUGGACUCGAGGCAGGAGUUUGCAGAGCCAAACUGUGACACCCUAGUUUCAGAAACUUGCGGAGAGGUUUAAAAUAAUUGAUUUGGCCACCUAUGUCAUCAAAGUGCAAUUAUCUUUUCGGUCAAGGGUCCUAAGAGAACUCCAGAGUUAAGCGUGCUUGAGUUGGAGUAGUCUCAGGAUGGGUGACCUUCUGGGAAGUGAUUAUCGCAACUAUGCGAGUGAUGACAAAACACAGGAAAAUAUCAUGUGGUGAAUUGUAGGGAUGGUAACAAGCCUUUAAAACCUCUCCGACGUAACAAACCAGUCGUCGGAUAAGGAUGGGCUCACGGGCCUAAUGAGAGGAUGUGAGGCCCAUUAAGGAAAGUGGCCCUAUGGACUAAGAUUGGACAUGGGCCCACUGAGAGGUUGGCGGUCGGGGCGUUACACAAACUCAAAGGCCAAGGUUCCAUUUUUAGGCUUUGGAGCUGCAAACCAGCAUAGAGCGGUUCUUCUCUUGUGGCUCAAUGUCGAUAACAUGACAUACAAGAAGAAUCUGAUUACAGUGUCACAAAUAUCACUCUCCUCCAUUAAUCACAGCCACUCUCCUUGCUUCUCAAGCAGUUUAUCUUGGCUUCUCACCGCACCUCUCAGGUUGGAAUUUGAAAAAGGACGAAUCUUUGUUUCCAAGUUGAUUGUUUCUUUUGGAUUUACAUUACAAACUCUUUGAUUUUGUAAAAUAUGUUGAAUAUUUCUGAAUUA